AGGGGUGCCUCGUCAUGGCGGACAGCAGCUGGACAAGCUGCUCGACGGGUUUAAAAGGCGUCAUACUGGAUAUGUGCGGAGUUUUAUAUGACAGCGGGGAGGGCGGCGGGGUGGCCAUUCCUGGCUCCGUCGAAGCCGUGAAGAAGCUUAAAGCUUCCGACCUGAAGCUGAGAUUCUGUACCAAUGAGACUCAGGCCGCGAGAGAGAAGUUUGUGGCAAAACUCCAAAGAUUGGGGUUUGACAUUUGUGUCAGUGACGUCUUCUCUCCGGCACCUGCAGCGGUUGCUCUGCUGAGGGAAAGAGGGCUGCGGCCCCACCUGCUGGUGUAUGACGCGCUCCUUCCCGAGUUUGACGGCGUAGACACGAGCGAUCCCAAUUGCGUGGUGAUAGGCGACGCGGCCGAAAAGUUCUCCUACGCCAACCUGAACGAGGCGUUCAGGGUCCUGAUCGGCCUGGAGAAGCCGACGCUGUUCUCUCUCGGGAAAGGGAAGUACUACAAGGAGACGGACGGCCUGAAGCUAGACGUGGGAGUUUACAUGAAGGCUCUGGAGUACGCCUGCGACGUGGAGGCCGAGGUCAUCGGGAAGCCGUCUGCUGCGUUCUUCCGGAGCGUUCUCAACGACAUGGCGCUCCAGCCACACGAGGUGAUGAUGAUUGGCGACGAUCUCGUGAACGACAUCGGGGGUGCCCAGCAGUGCGGAAUGAAAGGUGUGCAAGUCCGGACGGGAAAAUACAGGCCCAGCGACCAGAGUCACCCGACCGUGACGGCUGACGGGACGGCCGACCACCUGGCCCAGGCCGUGGACAUGAUCCUCAGCCGCAGGAGGAAACCUUAAGGUGAUGUGGGCUUGAACGAUCCAAGUAGUGGAAUGGUCACAGACGUGACCCCUAGAAUUGGAAUCAGAAAUUUGGCCAUAGUCUACAACCAUGUGAAAAUGUUAGUACUUAUUGGGCUUGAUUGAGCCAACUGUUUACAAAAUACAAGAAUCAAAUCAGAAUCAGAAACUAGGUCCUAUUUCAGUACGGUGUGUCAGACAUAAUGGGGCUCAAUCAGGCUAACUAGUUGUUGAAUCUGCUGACGUAACCCCGUCACUUUUGUAGGCUGUAGUCUCAUACAUACUGUGUCUCAGUAUUUCUGUACACGAUUGUCAUUGACUGGAUGCCGAAUGACUCGAGUUACGCUGGUGUCACUUUUCCUAUAGUGGAGUUUAUUGUCACGCCGGCAGCGUCAAAGAACGCUCGGCUCAUAAAUCUGUACGAUGACCUUAAAAGAUGCGAGCGCUCGUCUGUUUUAGCGUGGCGCUAGCGAAUAGAGGGUUUUCAAAGACAAAUGGGGUUUGGCAUCAAGAGACCUGGAACGGGAACUAACUCAAUGUACUGUGCAUAUGGACAAAAGUACUGGGACAUCAGAGCCUGCACUCUUCGGGGGUCCGCUUCAUCUCCUUUCUAUUUCAUUCUAACGUUGUUUGACGGGCUUGAGGUCAGCGCUCUCAAGUUCUUUCACACCAAACUCAUUAUGCUCAAAUUAACAAAAAAGGGCACUUGUUCCCACCAAGUUGGAAGAGUUGUCCAAACUGUAUAAGCAAAAAUAUUGGAUUUGGAAGGAACUAAGGAGUCUCGGUCCAACCCCUGAUCGAUUCGUGAAGAGGUUUGUCGCAAUACUUUUGCACAUCUAUUGGAUUUUGGAUUGUUAUAAUCAAUAAAAUCCCCUGAUAUGUGACAAUCAGCACUCUGUGAGACUUGUGAAUAGUUUUUGGUUGGAAUCUUUUUUUAAAAGCGUCUCUCCGUCAUUGGUGUCAUGGCCAAGCUUCUUCUGGAGGCCCAAUCGCCAAAUUGUUACAUCAUUAACCACUCGUUAGCAUUCACUCUAGCGUCCCGUGCUGAGGUUAGCCACAACGAGAACUAGUGAGAAAUUGGUCUCGGGCAUGCCAGCCGGACUAAAACAAAAACGAUUGUUCGAUGGCUGCUGCCCUGGAGGUUCCAGUAUACCCAAAUGGAUCCAGCGCCGAGAACAAAAGCCCAUUGCCAAGUGAUUAAUUGAGGUGCUCGCGGUUCACUUCACCAUGAAUUGACACAAGCUUGACUGUUAUUGGACAAUUAAAGGUAAUGAAACCCUAUGACGGAUAGGAGUGCCACUCCUCUUUUUGAUUGGGGAAUAAACCUGAGCGACGGCCGACUGCGAAAUGCUAGCAGCUGCUGUGGCUUUACAAACACCUCAGACAUUGUUUGACUCGACGCUUGGGCCGAUAUUUUAUAGCCUCCUGGCUUCACACUCUGCUAUUAAAUCAAGAUUGGACUUUUCUCCAAUGUAUUGGUAUUUUUUAUUUGUUUUUUACCGCACCCCCAUAUGUUCUCCACCUCUUACUGGCAGGUUCAUUAUCAGCAAGCAUGCAAUAACAUGUGCAUGUUAUGUUCAUUGAAGACUUCAAAUCAAGGGUACUCAAAUACAAAUCUUAGAGGGCCACAAAUAUUUUCAUUGAGUCAAAGGUCCAUUUAACGAAGGAAAGAAUAACUAUUACAGAUAGUGAACCAAAGCAAAGGAUGAAUAAAAAUAAUAAUGAAAUAGUAUGCUUACAAAUUAAAUCUAUAAAUGGUAGCAUUUAUUGUCAUUCUUCAAAAUAUGUGGAACUAUCAGAGGGCCGAAAUUACUUUUUCCCAGAGGACACGGUCCCAAAAAAAUAAAGCAUAAAGUGUAAAGACAAAACAUUCAUAGCUCUUUUAUUGUAUGAAGGGGUUAUAGAUGAAAGAGGUCUGGAGUCUCCCUUCUCCAGUUGAUCAUAGAUGCUGCAAUCACAGCGUGCGUGACGUCACUCCCGUUCGCCACAAGCAACUGUAGCCUCCGGUUUCGAGCAACAUACAUCCAGAAUGUCUCCAUUUCCAGUCCCAUCUAGCGCCACAUCAUGAACAACGCUGUUAAAUUAGCUACAUUUACACAGUUAACGCACCGCUUCCAGUCGUGGAAGUGGCUUACUACACUUCACUAAUGAACAUAACAUCAAACACGAAUAAUUCAUUUUGGUGCAACAAGUGAUGGCUGUCGCAAACAAGGCACUUACAGUAUGUAUACUUGUGUCGUUAAUCACUUUGUCAUUGAUGCACGGAGCUGAACAAAACAUCCAAUCCGGGGCACCCGCUACUGACUCAGUUGCACUCUCUGCUUCCAGUCAGUCAGCGUAAUAUUACUGCCCAUGCACUAACCUCGUGAAUGGGACUGCUCAAAUAACAUACUGUAUAGAAUUGAACACAAACGUAAGAAAUGCUUAAUGUCUAUGUGUGCGCUGCGUUUGACUGGCGACCAGUCCAAAAGUCAUCUUAGAAUCGGCUCCAGCUCAACUGCUACUCAAAUUGACAAGCGCUUCAGAAAAUGGAUGGGUGGAUGAUUUUAUUGUGGCAGCACGAUUGUUGACUCGUUAGCAGUUCUGACUGCCACUCUGACAGUUGAGAGGUUACUCUGGCUUCCAGUAAUCGCCACUGGACUGAUUGAUGGAUGAUUAUUUUUGGUGGUUUGGUUAGCAGCUAAUUGGCAUUUCUCCUUAUACGACCAUUCCAAUCCAUCCUCAAAAAGCGGUUUUGGAACUCUAGCAGCAUUCCCAACUGAUUUGUGUCAAGCUCCAGACAACUCCUUGUCCUGUGCAGUCAUCCUUUCCUUCCACAAGCUCAUUAUUAAGCUGAUGAUCUCAUUUUCAACGCUAAGCUGACUGACACCUUGAGGAGACGCGGAGGGGGGGACGACACAGUCUGGAGUGUGUCUGUCAGACCAUCUCCGUCCCAAAACUGAGCUGCGUUAUCUUUGUUCUUGCAUGGGGGGGACCCCCUUAGAUUUUGCAGGUGUAGCUAAUGUUAUGUUAGAGAAGCCAUAAAUCUCCGAAAGAAGCACCUUUAGGCUGCAGUGUGUGUCAAGUAUUUUGAGAUGUGUGCUCUCCCUCCUUUGACCAGGAACCGGUGUGUCAGCUAAACUCAGCACACUUGCACCUUCCGACUCAGAGUGCUCUCGUUUUGACACAAAACGUUCAUUUGAAUUUCAGUGCAACUGAGAAUGAGUGGGCAGUACAUCUGCCUCACAGUUGAGGUCCUGGGUUCAAAUCCCUUGUGUGGGUUUUCUCCAGGUGUCUUCGGCUUACUCUCACACAUUCCAAAAGCAUCCUUCUUAUGAUAAUUGAAGACUCUAGAUUGGUGGUCACCAACGUGGUAGUCCCCCAGGAUCCCAUGACUAGCCCGCAGGCCUCUUCUAACAUUAGCUUACUCGUGAUGGGAUAUUGUGAUUUGGAAGGAAAUUUGCAGAAAUGAUCAUAUGAAAAUGUCAACGCUGGCAGAGAUUUUUGAUGUCUUCUAAUUAUUGAGAGACAUCAUUAACAUUAUCAGUGUCUUCAUAUAAAUGAAUAUCAUGAAUGAUUAAUAAUAACUAGGCUUUACACGAUCAGGAUUUUUGGGACCGAUCAGCGAGUUUGAAAACAAACGAUCACCGAUCCGAUCACAAGAUGGAUGAAUGUCUAUUUAAAUGACCUGUUCAUUUACUGUAUAUACUUGUGUACUUAAUUGCUAAAAAAUUUUUUAUUUAAAAUAAAUAAUGUAUCUUUGUUCCUCUAUUUAUGCCAGUGAGGCAUAGUGACAGACGGAACAAAUGAAUGGUCUUCUAUUAGAUGGCAGGAAGUAAAUACAGUCAUUAAUGGUAUAUCAUAAAGGUUGGAAAUCACUGCUCUAGUCAGAUCGUGUAUUCUAAUCAGUCAGGUCAAACCAACAUUACAACAUGACAGAAAUAAUGAGUGCUAACCUACCGGAAUGAAAUUACUUUAUUUUUAAUUAAAUGACUUCACUCACACCAAAACAUUUCAGCAUGAUUCGACAGAACGGAGGCAUGUUUACGUCCAACCGUUCGUGCUAGCACUAGCUUGCUAGACUACAUAACAUUUUAUUGCCUGCUUGUGAGCCGUAUGGUAUUCAAAAUACGGGAACAUACCUCAAGCAAGCCUUAAACCGUCCUCGCCUGUCCUGAACACCAGUGACCACCAACACAGGUGUUUCCCCAUUUUGUCCUUAUAAUACAUUUGAGCUGGCGCGCUCCACUCUUGUUGUUGUCGUCGCCACGGUAACGAGUGCAUCCGGUCGCAUUUGAGUUGACAAGAUAAAGCCCAAUGAUAAAAAAACAGGAUGCGGUGGUAUCGGAAUAAAAGAUUUUAUUGCAGUAGUUUGACAUAGUGCAAUCGUGAAAGAGCAAAUUUGUCUUGUAGUCUGAUUACGUGCGGUCUGUCCCACACCGCCAAAUUAUUAUUAUUUUUUUUAAAUAACUUCAUUGGCCAUCAGAUAUUUACAGUACUAGUCAAAAGACACGCGACAAGGCUAAAAAAUAAACUAGCUUUUGGAUUCAAAUAUACUGUGUACGCUGCGACGCGGAGUAAAUUUCUUUUGCGGUGCCGAUCCGGCGAAUUAUGACAUUAAAGCCGAUCAGCAUAAAAUGCUAAAUAUCGGCCGAUACCGAUCAGCCCGAUAAAAUCGGUGUAAAUUCUAAUAAUAACAUAUUAUUAAAGGUAAUUUGAGCCAAUUUGUUAUUUUAGAAUUGUGUAUCAACCUGGUAGCCCUUCGUAUUAAUCAGUAUCCACGAAGUAGCUCUCAGCUUCAAGAAAGUUGGUGACCCCUGCUCUAGAUUGUCCGUGCAAAUGUCGAUUGGUUGUUCUUCUAUGUGUGCCCUGCGAUUGGCUGACGACCAGUCCACUCUGUGCCCCGAAUGUCACCCGUGACAGGCUCCAUCCACCUGUGACCCUAAUGAGGUUAAGCACUGUAGAAAAUGGACAGCUGCACGAGAACGAGUGUCAGAACAUACCCAGAACACUAUGUACUUUAUGCAUCAGCGGACCCUCGAGGGUAUGGGCUGGGGGUUGGUAAUUUGCCCGCUAAAGCGUCUUGAGUCUGACCCAGUGAUGUCAUACUUGGAGCGUAAUCCCGCGGGGCCAAAGGUGGUCUUGUGUCACGGUGCCGUGUAAACACGAUGUCCUGGUCUGCCUGCACUUUAAGACUUGCAGCUGAACUCAAUUUUAGCGUCCGAAGGGGUCCGCUUCUUGUUUGCUAAAACCAAACAAUCCCCCUUUGCGGAUCCUCAAGUCAAAUUUGAAGGAGCUUUGAACCCAUCUUGGUAGAGGAUCAAGGUUGCUAUUCCAAACCCCUGUUUCUACCAGGACGUGCAAUCAAAUCCAAUUAUAAACGUUUUAAGGACCUCACCUGAUAUUUCUUUUUUUUUUUGUGGAGAGAGCUGGAAGGCAAACUUGGUGUUGCUUUGUCAACAGACAUAUGUAUGGACCAGCUGAGCCAUUACGUUUGAUGGUUCAUUUUAUAAUAUUCAAUUGUUGAACAUUUAUGGGGUGGACUUUGAAAUUAGAUUUUUGUGCAAGGAAUUUAUUUUAAGGCCAUAUUGCCCUAACCGCAGCUAAUAACUUCCUUAAAGUUUGUAGUGUGCUUCUACGGGGAAAUGAGUGACUUGUAGGUUUGACUCAACAAGAAACCACGGUCCGAGUCAUUGUGAGUUUAUCGCCAACUGUCAUUUGAGAAAACCUAGCGUGACCUCAAACACUCUAUCGUUUUGUUCUUAAGGGGUGGUUGUGCAGCCCCUCCUCCUUUUUUACUGCUAUCUCAGAUUAAAACAUGGUCUCCUUUCACUUGCUGCAACGCUACCGAUUAAACAGCCAGCCAGGGCUGCACAGGAUGUUUUAGGCUGCUGCGCAAGGUUUAGCUUCUGGAAAAAGAACUUAAUCCAUCUUCAAGUGUUAGGGCAUGGUAAUGUUUUGUAAUACAGUGGUACCUUGACUUACAAGUGCACCAACUUGCGAGCUUUUUUUGCAUUUUGAGCCAUUGCUUGGGUCUAUUUUUAUUUUUUUUUUGCUUCAUCUUGCGAACUAAAUUUCAGUAAGAUGCGAGCUACAGACAUGCCGCCACUUGAGUGAAGUGAAAUAAAAUGGAGGAAUUAAGGUACUGUAAUGCCCUCGAAUGUGGGAACGGAAUGUUUAUUGAAAAAGACAAACACACAUACAAAAUGAAAACACUCACAAGCAGCUACCACUGGCCAGAACUCACAUCCAGAUGCUCACAAACACUAACUGGCCAUGUUCCUGACAUCACUCACAAGGCCACACCCCUUUUAAAGUCACAGGCGCACAGUUGUUUUUGGGACUUUGGGCUUGUCCCAACGUACAGUAAUUAUUCCUUUGAAAAUUAUCUCUUUAUUUUUGUAUUACGUUUUUAGACAAAUUGCUAUUUUUAUUAAACGCAACAAAAAAUUUGGGGGUGAUUUUAUUUUGUUUGGUUGGCUGGAAUGGAUUCAUGAAUUUGCAAUUCAUGUCAAUGGAGAAUAUUGAUUUAAGAGUAAAUUGAGCUUUGACAUGGAACAAAUUAAACUCAUAAGUCACAGUGUCAUUAUCUGGCUGAGUUUAAGUCCUAGAUGUUCCUCAUUGAGACCUUCCACUUUGAUCAGAAUUUGAAGUCUGAAAUGAAUCCCAAGUGAAUAGUUUUGUUGUUGUUGAGGGGGGUUGCAUGGUGGGUCGGGAUGGGGUUAGCAAGCAGCCCUGACACAUGGCCCACAUUCACAAGCGCCUCCCACGUCACUGGGCUUCUUGCAAGAAAAAGACCCUAUUGUUUCCCCGCAUGCAGCCAAGGGUGAGGGACUGGGGGGUGGGUAGGUCUCUGGGGUGAACCGCAGCUAAGCACCGUCACUUCAGCUGCUGCAACGACCCCCCCCCCCCCCCCCCCCCAGAAAAAAUCAAAACAAAAGAAGCAACCGGACAUCAUCCUUGUUCAGGCGACUUGACAAACACAGGUUCAUCAAGUGCCCUUUGGCUUGUCUUUAAUUGGGUCAGUCUGCAUUGUCGCAUUAAAUACAAAAAGUUUACUUUUUAAAACUUCAGUUGGUGUCCUGCAGCCCUCUUAGGUUUGUAAUUUUAACUAGCUUAAAAAAAGAAAACAUACAAGAGGCACAUUUCUGCAUUGUCGCAUUAAAUUCAAAAAGUUCACUUUUUAAAACUUCAGUUGGUGUCCUGCAGCCCUCUUAGGUUUGUAAUUUUAACUAGCUUAAAAAAAGAAAACAUACAAGAGGCACAUUUAAAACUAUUUUUAUUCAUAUAGAAAUACUAACUUUUUACAUCACGUUGUCGUUACAAAUUGUAAAAUAUUAAUGCUAUUAGCAUCAUAAAAGAUCUUGCGUUGAUCUUGGAGAAAAGCCAGGUUUUCUUGUCAUGGUUUGCAUCAUUCAAAGCUUUUUUCUAAGUAGCACCCGUGUGUCCAUCUCAGUCUGUUGGGUCGUCCAACUUCCCCCGACUGAGAAUUUGUAUAAGCCUGCUGCAAAUUCUCUCUGAAUUUAGUACACUGAAGAUUUACGGGAAAAAAAAAACGUUAAAAGACUUGUUAGUAUUUCAUCUCGAGAUUUGACUCUUCCUGAUUGCCUUGUCUCCUGAGACACACAUGGGGGGGGGGCGCGCCUUAAGACUACUCCCUCCAAUAAUGAGUGCAUAACUUGUUUUGACCGUAAGACUCUCAAAUCUGUCUCAAUUCCUCUCGAUCUGCUCAAUGUCCAACUCUCCUCCGAGCAGAUAGGCAUCCUUUCCAGCGCUACAAAAGCCCGUCCACAUGGGCGCCUUAUCUUUGUGGUACGUGGAGAUCUGGUCUGCCUCCUGGAUGGUGAGGCUAGGCGGCUCGUGCUUGGUCACAGGUGUAACGUCGUCGUAAGUGUUGGUAGUGGAAGAAGAGUCCUCGCUGUGUCCGGACUGGCCUGUGAUUCCCGCGCAGCUGAGGCUGUGGAAGUUCUGAAGUUUCUGCAGAGAUUGAUGGAAAACAGAAGCCUCCUUAUUAAUUGAUUUCAGAGAAGGUGACAUCACAACCCCCAAAAAAAGACACGACAUUCUGGAGCAACUGGUCAUAUCUGUUACUUUUCCACAUCCCUACAACCUAAAACAAACCAAAGUCAAGCCUUAUUGGGAAGUUCUAGCCUACGUUCCCUGGUCACUUCACCUUUGCAUCCUUACACCCUCCCUUACAUUCCGAUGGUAGGUGGUCACGUCUUGGCAUUACUUCAAUUCUAAGAACCCACAAAGGUAAAAACCCAAUCCACAGUGUCGUCAGUUUACGACACAGUUCUUAAAUUGGAAUGUGCCCUAGUCUAUCACUAACUUAUGCUAAUGCAGUUAGUAAAGGUAUAGUAUGGUGCAUGACUUCUUACAUAUUCUUUCGCCGCUACGCAAAGUAGUUCAUUGCAAGUCGUUCAUAUCAUAUAUGUCAGGAGCUUCGGAAACCGAAGACCCCUGCAUGUUACAAUUUAAGAAAACUGAUGGAGCUUUUUUAAUUAUGACCGAUUCCAAGUCGUUUGUUGCUUAUUUACGAUACUGUAUUAGCAAAAUACCUAUUCUACUGGACCACCAGUUGGAUCUGGUAGGGAACUGCCCCAGAUAUGGCAUAACGCAAGAACUUUUUCAAUAUCUAUAGCUAAGCGAACUAGUGUUCCCCAUAUAUAACGACUGAGUUCCACUCCUAUAUUUGCGUCGUAACACAGAUUUGGAAGCAAGUCGGAAGACGCCAUAGUCGCUCUAAUCUACAAUGACACAGUAGUGAAUUCAUAAUUACAGUAAAUAUUUAUUUGAAAAUACUUCUUGGCCAUAAGUACGAUGGUAUCUGAGCAUACACUGCUGCGCAAGCUUGUUCCUUUUUGCACCAUUUGCAAUCUCAAAAUGUCAUGUUGGGAUACCCUGUACAUUAAAGCAAAUAAUUGACCAAAUGUUUGUAGUGGGCUUCUACGGGAAAUUGUGCACCUUCGUAGACUUGAAUAACACUACGUGUGGCGCAUACAAAAAUACUUUAACGAUUGCGUAAAAGCGUGGCACUUUUCAACUGUGCUUUGUACAAUGAAGGCAUACAUACAGGAGACCCUUGAAAGGAUGUCGGGCUGAACCGACGCCAGGAUCCUAGACAGCUGCGCGCUCAGAGCGGGAAGCUUCGCCCGCACUGGGAUGAUCCCAUUUUUACGCUUUAAUGCGGAGAAGACGAAACAGCUGCCUAGCGCCUGAGCACUAAGGAGAAAAGAGCCUGGUCAAAGUGGCUUACGUCAUCACCGAACAGGCGUGCUGGAGAUAGAGUGUGAGGCCCCAACCCCACAAGAAAGACCCUCCACCAUCCGCCCCGGUGAAACGACUACCAGAGUCUCAUCAUCUGCCCUGACCUUGACCGGCUGUCUAUGGAAGCUGAUCGAUAUCUCGCGAGGCCUAGCCAGCCCUAGCCCGUGGCAGCAGUGCAUCCACUGAAGCUGCAAUUACCCCAAUCAAUAUCUCUCUACAACCACCGGAUCCAUGGCCUCUUCCGCAGCUGCUUUACUCCCUGACACUGGCGAGUAAAUGACACACUGCCACUGAGUCCACUACCUCAACUCACUCACCCAAUUCAACUGUGAAUCAUCCGAAUGUGUCAUGUUUCCAGUGAGUUCGCUAACUCGAGUCAGUCAUCCAAUUACACUGAAUCGGGUUAUUACUGAAAGUUAUACAGUACAAUACUGAUUCUUAUUUAAAAAACAUUUUACAAAAAGUAUUUUUUGGGGGAUGGAUUAGGACCAUUUCCAUUCAUUUGACUAGGAAGUGGAUUUGAGAUACAAGUGUUUGCUCAUGGAACGAAUUAAACUCAUAAGUCAAGGUACCACUGUACCUACCUUGUAAACACCAACCUGAGUCAUCUUUGCCAGAUCCAGCGAGGGCCUUUGCGUGUCAUCCGGCCUCCUACGCUUGACCCCGAUCUUCUUGUCGUUGAGGACGCAGGGCUGCGAGCGGCUACGGGCCAGACCCCCCGGACCGCCUCGGUGCUCCAGCUCAGGGGUGGAGUCGCGUGAGCUGACCAGCGAAGGCCCGUCGGGCUCUGAGAUCUGUUCGUGAGAGGGGAAGAGGGGCUGGGCCAGGGCAGCGGGAAGGCUGAAGCUGAUGCUGCGCUGAAUGGCAUGGAAGCCCGUCUGAGCAAUGCCGCCUCGGGGGACGCUCCCGCCACUGUGGCACCUCCUCUUCUCCACGGUCGUCCACACUCUGGAGCCCUGGGGUCGCCAGCUGGACCGGUGGAGUUCGUCUGAGCAGGAGAGAGACCGGCACUGACGCUUGCUGGGCGGCGCCACCACCAGCGAGGAUGCGGCGGCCUCUGUCAGGCUGAGGUCCUGCAGGAGGCUGCUGAUGGUGCUGGACGUGCAGCCCACAUCCCAACCCCAGUGGGCGGUGCUCCGGCGCACCUCGGGCAGCACGUCCCAAAGACUCUCCAGGCUCGUGCCGACCGGGCUCUGAGGCGAGGCGCAGCCGUGUGCCGCCUCGCACCAUUGCCUUGUAUCUGCAACACAUUCACCACACACACACACACUUUGUUUUCCAUAAUGGAUUCGCUAAUCCUACCUUGACACCAGAUUCUUUCACUGAAGCAUCUGAGUCUUUCUGGUGAGUCCGCUAACUCGAGUCAGUAAAGUCAUCAGAGUCUGUGGUGGUCUCCGGUGAAUCAUCAUAGUCUCCAGUCUUCAGUAAAAAUGGUGUCCAAAUAGUCCAGGAUGAAUGUGCAUCCCUUUUGUACGUCCUUAACGGUCACUACCAUUUUCUUCCCUCAGCUCAUGAGUGCAUUUAAUGUAUGUAUGUAGUCUUCUUCCUUACCCGUGAGUUCACGAGAGAAGAGAGUGGUCCCCUGGCUCAUGGUCUGCGCCUGGAACUAUGGAAAUAACACCAGAAUAAGCAUGCAGGCGUCUUGACUUCAUUUCACGUGGCCCAGAGGGCAAAGCCGAAUUCUUCUCCUUCUCCACCUACGCCGAUUUACAAAAUGAGUCAGAGUUGUGGAACUUGAACAGCUCUAUUGUGACUGUGAGUGGAGUAAAUAGAAAGCGGGUGACAGAAACACCCCAGUGAUAGCUGGCAGGGGAUGAUGAUGACUAUGAUGCAAUUCAAUGUAACGGCGACAAAAGCGUGCCCUGUUCAUCAUUUCAUUGCCAUUGUGAAAUAUGGCCUAACCAGUUUCUGGAGUAACUCAAAAUUCAAGCUGUAAUUAAAGUUGACAAACUCGACAACAAGCGCUCACUCACCGGGCCCAAAUGUGUGCUUUUCGACGUUACAUUGUCGCCGCCCUUCUCCGGUCUCUUCUUGCAAAUGAUCACCAUGGCAAAACACAUCCCGGUCCCGAGCCGUUCCGGUGAGGGUCAUUCAAAUGGACCAUGGCGAAUAUUCACUCCUCGGACCGCCGAUCCUGCCUGACGGAGAGACGCACGAAGUUGAUUGUUUUUGUCUAGCAUUUAUCCAUGUACUGGAGCUUAUCCCGGCCGGAUGUGCUAACCACUCGGGCUUUUGUCUUGCACAAUAGCAAACAAUCCUGCUCUGAAAACUGGGAGUACAUUAAGGUCACAUCGCUAAUGCCAUCUGUUACAGUGUUUGCCCGGCGAUGAUGCGUAUCGAUCAAUUUCCCCGAGAACAUACUGCCUAAUCAAUCAAUCAAGGGAGUGUGGGCCGAGGCCCACUUGCGCCCCUCCGAGCCCUUAAGCUCGAGGGAGACAUUUUAGACCAUUCCAGGCUUCAAGAGUUUUGGGGAGCCCUUUUGGAUGAACUCAUUGAACACCACCAAGAUUACAUUGUCGGAGUCUUGGCGACUACGGCCUUAACCUAAGUUGGCAGAUUUCUGAGAAACAAAGUUUAAAAAAAUGUUUCUUUUUCAUUGUGCCAUUUAACCAAAACAGUCUAUAACUGAGAGUGAAAAUACAUUUUGUACUUUUGUCUGUACUUUUUUUACUUAAAGGAACUUAACGCUUUUUGUAACUCUGCUAGCAAAUGUUAGCACAAUGCAAGUAAAAUUAUGGGAACACAGAUUUGCUAGCAUAAAAGCCUGAAGCCACGCUUGUUAGCUCUUGGUUUAAAGAAAACUUUGUCAUUGUGCCAAUUUAUCAAAACAGGAAUUGUCUAUAAUUUACAGAAGAAAAAUCUUACUUUUGUAAUUUAGUAAAUUUGAGUCAGUAGUCGUAUCAGUACUUCUAUUUUUACUUUUGAUACAAUUAUAUGUAUUUGUACUGAACAACAGCGUGUAAGUACUUUUGCCACCACUACUUUCUUCCAGAGGCUCUCGUCACUGUGACACCAAAAACAUGGAACCCGACACUUGUUUUGUUCUCGUACGUCUAAACGGACGAUUCACAGCCGUGCAAGCGAGUCGGGAGAGAAAGUUAUUCACAAAGUCAAAGUUGUGUAAUUGAAUCCUCGGAGUGUGGGGCAGCCGGGAAUAGCCGACCUUGCGGUUAUCAAAACAACCUUAUCGGUUGUGAAGGAUGAGAGUACCCCGUCGCCAUGUAGCUUCAGCGACUCCGGAUGGUUGACAUCACAAAUUCGUGUUGUGUAGCGUAAUGUGCGUGUGUAUCACAAGAGCCUGUGUUUACAGUCAUAUAAUUUACAUUCCUGGCCUUUAUCACGUGAGGCUAACGAGUUUGUGUGGUGUGUCGCAGGAGGAGGACACAGAUGAUGUUUAGCCGCUUCAGGAUGUGGCAUCAAUCUUACUGGCCUAUUCAUUAGGUACAACCAAUGAGCGAGUUGAAUCAAAAGUCCAUUAACAAAGCUCUAAUGAAAUGGCCCGUUAGUGUAUUUACAUUAGGAAGGAUACAUAUUUGGUAACUUGAACUUCUUAAAUUUAAAUAAAUAAGCAAAAUACAAUUGUAAGAUCAUAUUCUGUUAUAUUUAUUACCACAUUUAUUUGCGUAAUGUUAAUGAAAAUUUUACUUUUUUAAAUAAUUACAUAUUUUAAUAAAUACUACUACCAUAUUUGUCUAUGUACAAAGAUACUGCUAAUAAUGAAAAAGUAUGACAAAUAAAAUAAUAUAAUUACUAUAAAUAUUAACUUGAUACAAGGAAACAAAGCGUUAAACAGUGUGACACUGGACACAACAAUAUAAAAUGUAAAAUAAGAAAUACUUGCAUAAAUUUUUUUUUAUGAGGAAAGAAAAACUACACUUGAACUACUUAAUAUAUAAAAUAAUAGAAUAUAAUACAGAAAAAUUAUGUGGUGAAUCACAUUUUUCUGGAUAAAAUACAUUUUUAAUACGUCAAUUAAAAAUGAAAUAUUACAAAUAUAUGGAUUUGUUUCUUUUAAUGUAGUCUAUAUAUAUAUAUAUAUAUAUAUAUAUAGAGAGAGAGAGAGAGAGAGCGAGAGACUACAUUAAAAGAAUAUAUGUCUGGAAUUGAAAGGUAAAAUAAAUAAUCUGUGCUGGGCCAGAACGUGCGCAACUAAAAUGUUUUGGGUCUCAAACAUUUUUUGUGUGGUUCUUUUAAGGGGGGGCGCGAGGGCGCAUGGUCCGAUAGUUCCCCAAUUAGAGCGGCUUUUCCAUACGUUGGCGAGACUGUAAUCCCCCAGCCAGCAAACAUUACAUAAGGAUUUGGGUCUUGACUAACAAUUAGCGCUAAUGCUAAUCCAUGCUAUAACAAAGAGACAGCUGGUCGUCAAAAAAAUACAAAUGAAACCCUCGAAGCUCGAAUCCAUCUUGUAAUAUUACUAAUGGUAAUGCCACACCGUGAAUGACGCAUAGCUUUUUAGCGUCUUACACAAGCCUCAACAUUAGGUACACCACCUACGCACACUGCCAGAGAGGUCUUUAUUUAGCAAUGUGGUUACGUUGUGUUAAUUUACAAUAUUUUGUAAAUGUAUAUUGUGUAAAUGUAAAUAUAAUUUCAGUCACCAAGGAAUCUGGUACAAUUUUAGAUUUCAAACUUAAAAUGAUAGAUAACCUAUCCGAGCUUAGAAUUUUCCCCAAAACAUUGGUCAAUGUCAACAAAACAGAAGGGUGCCAAAAAUGGUCACGGUAUGGAUGGAUACUUAUUUCCAUGUCAAUAAACAUUUUCAUAAUCAUAAACGAUUGACUACCGCUACCUUGAAUUGUAACUGACAAAAACUGUGUGUAAAUGGACAGAUUGGGAACCAAACCUCGACGAUAAAAUCUUUGGUUGGUUUGUCUUGGAGGAAUGAGCGAAACGUAAUGGCUGGCCUGCAAGGUAACGUUAGCGCUACAGCACGCUAUCCAUUUCAGCGUUAAAAGAGCAGAUGUGUGCCAUUAAUCAGAGCAACAGAAAUGUCAAUUGAUCAGCCAGUCCCUCGUCAAUGAUCAUGUUGAGUACUUUUUAAUCAACCUACUUGUUGAAAUGUAUAUUACAGCCGGCGUUCAGUCUCCCUUUCGAGCAAUUUACCUCACGUUACAUAUUUUUAACUGAGGCUACGCACCUUCACGCCUUAGCCUGUUUGCUCGAUGUCUCGACCUUGAUCAAAUGAGAUGGAAGUGGUGAUUUACUAAUGGUGCCAUUUCAGCUAUUGCCACCUGUAUGCAUUUAUAAAUAUUUCUGGGAGGGGCACAUCAUACGCGAAUAUUUGCUAAAGCCUACCGUGAAUAAGCAAGGGUUCAUUGUCGCUUCUUCUUUUCCUUUCGGCUUGUCCCCUUAAAACGUUUUUUAAAAGUUGCUCUAAAAAUGCUGGUGAAAGGAAUGCUGGGUAACUUGAGUGGAGAGCGACUAAAAAAUGUUUUCUUAGUAUGCAAGUGAGUGAAGCUUGUGGCCUACUUCUUUUGGCUUGCCAUGUUUGGACUCUGUCUUGUGUCAUAAUGUGGAGGGUGUGUUGUGACAAGCUACAAACACCGCCUAAUUGACGGUUGGAACCCGUUUGUGAAACGUCGCGUGGCUAAUCGCUGUGGUAAUUCACCCAAAAGUCCAAACGUUUUCUUUGUUGUUGUUUAAAUUAAAGGCCAGGUGCUAGCGUGACAGUCCAAAAGGAAACAUACUAAAGUUGGGUAAGUUCACCUACGUCCAUUUAUGAAUGAAACGGGCUUGGCGAAGGCGGAGGGGGUGGUGUUUUAUCGUGGGCCGGUGCGUCCGAGGUCUCUUCUAGCUUGCAGCUGCCUGCCCGCUUACCAUAAACACAAAGGCUCAGCAUGGCCGCCGAGCAGAGGCGCCCUCCCAAGGGGGCCCGCUGGUAAAUUAUCCCCUACAUAAUUGCCGCCACUGUAUACAUUAGCGCAGCAGCCACGUCCAAAAUGGAGUCCAUUAAGGGCAAACAAUUGAAAACACAAACAUCCUCCUAGCACGACAACACUGGACCCUGUCACACCCGCACUCGCCUCUUUCGCACGGAGAUCCUGCAGAAUCACUAAUUCAGAGCAGAUCUAAACUGUAUCUUCCUCAGACUUUUACACAUAACCCACCAAAAGCAAGACAUCACAUCAUUAGAUUGUUUUUACCUAACCUUAAUUGAGCCAAGGUACUUAAAUUUUUUUACAUUACAACAAUAUGAUACAACUAAAGAUGGGAAUUGAAAACUGGUUAUUUUUGGGAACCAGUUCCAGUAAUUCGAUUCCUAGAAAUAGUUUGUUUGGUUGCUCAACGAUUCUGCUUAUCUUUUCCGCUUUCGUCGCAAGGCACAAAGUGUAUUUUCUUCGGAACUCUUGCAACGUCGCAACCCCAAAAUCACAGUAUGUCGAAAUGCUGAGUCUGGUUGAAGCGGCCACUUCAACCUGAGUACAAUGCUUCAAGGAUUUUGAGAAUCGGAUGAUUAGUUAUGGAGAAAUGUUUAUUUUGUAUUUUUUUGUGAGUGUGGGCGGGGGGAUUCCUUUUUGGGUAACGUUUUUGUGCGCUAACAUGCAUAAGAGGCGACUGUUGUUACGCUGAUCCAGUGAGUUUUUCCGUGACAAGAGUGACUUAAGACUGCCUAAACCUCAGAAGCUACUCCAACUUAUGAACAAUGAAUGUAACUGCAUCCGCACUACAACUUUGCGGUAACAUGUUAGCAUCACAUGAAAAUACUUGUUUACAGCACUGCUAGAGGAGCAUGGAUAUAAUCUACAUUGUACAUUACAAUACAAAAAACAGUGUACAUUUCUUGAAAACUGGUUGUACUGCCAUAUUUUGAAUGGUAUUUUUUUCCAGUGGAUGUUUUAUUGUAUUUUAUUUAUUGCAUUAUCUACAUAAAAUGUUUUAUAAAUAAAAGAUAAAAGCUG